AUGUCUUCUCAAGUACGACUGCCUAACAGAGGUGAUGCUCUACACCAAAUUGUGGAAGAGGCUAGAGGAAAGGAGCCAUUCAAGCACAAUAAACUUUGCAAAGACCAUGUGUCGACUGAAGCAGCAGAUGCCACGCCCGAACAGAGCCACUGCUCGCCAAUAGCUAUUGUGGGUAUGGCUUUGAGACUUCCCGGAGGAGUAACCUCACCCGAUGAAUUCUGGGAUUUCUUGAUUGAGAAAAAAGAUGGAUUGUGCGAAGUUCCUGGGAAUCGGUACAAUGUCGAUUCAUUUUAUAGUGACUCGAGGCCUCAUUCGGUGAAAACCAAAAAAGGAUAUUUUCUUCAACAUGAUCCUGCCAAUUUCGAUGCGGAGUUCUUCUCGAUCAAGCCCUACGAGGCCGCACGCAUGGAUCCACAGCAGCGGCAACUAUUGGAAGUUGUCUGGGAGUGCCUUGAGAGCGCCGGAGAGACCAAUUGGCGAGGCAAGGAUAUUGGGUGCUUUGUUGGUGUAUAUGGGGAGGAUUGGCUGGAAUUGGCCAGCAAAGACUUUGAAAACACGGAUAGGUACCACGUUUUGGGAACUGGCCAGUUCGCACUGUCUAACCGAGUGUCUUACGAAUAUGAUUUCCAAGGGCCUAGCAUGACAUUACAGACUGGUUGCUCGUCUUCUCUAGUUGGCCUUCAUGAGGCUUGUCAGGCGCUUUAUUCAAGAGAGUGCUCUUCAGCCAUUGUAGCGGGCACCAAUUUGAUAUUUGCUCCGACAAUGACGACAACAAUGUCUGAUAAUAUGGUUCUUUCGCCAAGUGGGGUUUGUAGGACUUUUGAUGAGAAAGCCGAUGGAUAUGGCAGGGGUGAAGCUAUCAACGCAGUUUACAUCAAGCGUCUUAGUGAUGCUGUGCGUGAUGGGGACCAUGUUAGGGCAAUUAUCCGAGCCACAUCAACCAAUUGCGAUGGUAGGACGCCUAGUAUCACUACCCCGGGAUCUCUCACACAGGAGCGUCUUAUCAAAAAGACGUACGCGAAGGCAGGGAUUGAAAAUAUUACCGAGACAGGCUUUUUCGAAUGCCAUGGAACGGGAACUACAAUUGGUGAUACGGCAGAAGUAUCCGUUGUCGCUAAGCUAUUUCAAAAUAAUGGAACAGUGAUCGGCUCUGUGAAACCAAACGUCGGCCAUUCUGAGGGAGCAUCUGGCAUAACUAGCUUAAUAAAAGCAGUUAUCUCCCUGGAGCAUUCUUUGAUCCCUCCAAAUAUCUACUUCGAUACUCCUAGCCCUUCCAUUCCGUUCAAAGAAGCCAAUCUUCAGGUGCCUACAUCCGUGAUGCAUUGGCCAACAAACCGCAAGGAGCGUAUGAGCGUUAAUUGCUUCGGCAUUGGCGGUUCCAAUGCUCAUGCGGUUCUAGAAUCCACGACUGAAUAUUUUGGGAAGACACUGCGAGAAAAGAAUAACUUGCCUUGUGAUAGCUCGCGGCUUCUGGUCGUAUCCGCUAAAGAUUCCGAAUCGCUACAGCAGCGUAUUCUGGGGGUCAGUCGCUAUGCCAAUGAAAAUUCAAAUUUGCUUCAAGACCUGGCAUACACAUUAGGAGUACGGCGUGAUCACAUGAAAUCACGGGCAUUCGGUGUGGCACAUGCCAAUAAGCCGAUAGAUGCAGCUAGUUUCCAAACUGGAAAAGCCACACCCAUGGCUUUAACUUUUGUCUUCACUGGCCAAGGAGCCCAGUGGCCUGGUAUGGGAAAGGAUCUUAUGGAAAAUUUCGAAAGCUUCCAAGGAGACAUUCAAAGACUAGAUGGGGUGAUGCAAGAACUUGAAGAUCCUCCUGGGUGGUCAUUAAAAGAUGAGCUGGUCAGAGAGGGGAGCGAGAGCUGUGUCAACAAUUCCGAAUAUUCUCAACCGCUGUGUACUGCCCUACAGAUUGGACUUGUGAACUUGCUACGCCGAAUGGGGCUUGAGCCAUCAUCCGUUGUCGGUCAUUCAAGUGGCGAGAUCGCGGCGGCGUAUGCAGCGGGGGCGAUUACUGCAAAAUCAGCCAUUGCUAUCGCAUACUAUCGAGGCAAAAUAGCCAAAACUCAGGAGGGUAGAGGUGCAAUGGUUGCGAUCGGAAUGGGUCGUGCUGAUAUCUCACCAUAUUUGCAGGCUGGUAUCGUUUUAGCCUGUGAGAAUAGUCCUGACAGCGUCACACUGUCAGGAGAUGCUGAAGCAAUCCGCAUGAUCACGAAAAAGAUAAAAAGCGAUUUCCCAGACGUUGCAUGUAGAAUGCUCAAGGUGAAAAUUGCCUACCACUCACAUCAUAUGCUUGACGCAGGCCUUGAAUAUGAGCCCAAAAUUUCGGCCUACGUGAAAUCUUCGGAAAGCAUGCUACCAUUGUUCUCUACUGUGACCUCUCGCAUUAUCACAAAUCCUCAAGAUCUGGACGCAGCAUACUGGCGGCGUAAUUUAGAGUCACCCGUUCUGUUUGCUGACGCUGUCCGGGGAAUUCUUGAUAUUUCGGAGAUUGCAAACCAGUUCCUAGAGAUUGGACCACACUCUACUCUUGCAGGACCCCUCAGGCAGAUAUUCAAGUCUGUCCGUCCUAAGAUAGAUCCGGCUUACAUUCCGACAUUGACACGGUAUGCCGAUGACUCUCGAUCUCAGCUACUUCACACCCUAGGUUGCGUGUUUGCAAAUGGUGGUAACAUCAAUUUUCCUGAGGCAAAUGGCAAUGGAAUACUACUUACAGAUUUGCCUUCUUACCCCUGGCAGCAUAAAGUUCGGCAUUGGCACGAAAGUCGGCUAGCAACCCAAUGGAGGUAUCAAAACUCGCCUCAUCACGAGAUUCUUGGAGUCCGAGUGGCCGAGUCGUCUGAUCUAGAGCCAGCCUGGAGAAAUCUUCUUCGAUUAGAAGAUGUUCCAUGGAUAUGGGAUCAUGUCCUACAAAGCAAUAUCGUCUUCCCUGCUGCCGGGUAUGUUGCCAUGGCAGGUGAAGCUAUUCGACAGCUGAAUCCCGAGGUGGAGGAUUAUUCCGUAAAGAACCUGGCAUUGAAAUCACCUCUUCUGCUAAAAGACGAGGUGGUGUCCGAGAUAAUAACUCAACUCAGGCCAAUUAGCUAUAAUGAUUCGGUCGACUCUGAAUGGUAUGCUUUCAGUAUCAUUGCCUACGAUGGCACGGGUUGGACAAAACACUGUCAAGGGCAAGUACGGUCUCGUUAUGAUCACGCGCCGUCUGUAAAAGAAAUCAAGCGCAAUAUCCGCCCAGUUGACUCAAAUCAAUGGUAUCGAGCUCUAGACAAACAAGGUCUCAGUUACGGGGCGAGGUUUCGAGGCCUAAAGGAUAUCUUCGUCGAUCCAGUUAAGCCUCGAGCCGAUGCUACGACAACGAGUAAUUCAGAUCUCUGCUCAAGUCGGUACACGCUUCAUCCUACCGUUAUCGAUCAAUGUCUGCAACUUCUGAGUGUUGCAUUGACAAACGGAAUUGCACGUCGCAUUGAUAGUCUCGCUAUUCCAGCUGCCAUCGGCCAUCUUUAUGUCCGAGGUCAAGCUUCGGAAAUGAAGCUAGAUGCCAGCCUUGCGAAAAACAACAUCGGCAAUUUGCUUGGUAACGCUAAUUUGAUCUCUGAUGGUCUCCAACUUUUAUCGCUUCGCAAUGCUGCCUUUUUCAGCGUACAAGACCACUCAUUGAAUCAGUCGCGUAUCCCACUCACUGCCGAGAUCAGAUGGUCACCGGCCAUUGACCUAAUGCCACCCAAUUCAUGGCUUUCUCCACCCAAACCACCAGGGAGAGAAUAUGAAGCAUGGAAAGACUUCGGGAGAUUGGGAUACUUGUAUUUGCUUGAGACCGCUGACAAGCUUGCUGACAUCACUCCUACUGAAACUCAUAUGACCCGAUACAAAGCCUGGAUCAAUGCAGAGGCCUCCAAACUGCGGUCAGGACAUGAACUGCUAUAUCCAGAAAUCAAAGACUGGGUCAAAAUGAGUUCAGGAGAUAGACAGUGCAUUAUAAAGGAUCUUGUGUCACGAUACAAAGACAAUGAAGUUUACUGGAGUGUGGCAGAAUGUACGGGAGAAGUCUACAAGAGCUGUGUUGAUUUUGCAACAGGCACGCGGGUGCCUCUGGAUGCUCUCAUGGAAGAAGACAAGCUGGCAAAGUAUUAUGAGGUACCUGCUCACGUUGAUUCCUGGCACCAUACUUUUCAACUCCUUGGUCACGCCAAUCCCGGAAUGCGGGUCUUGGAAAUCGGCGCCGGGACAGGAAGUGGGACAAUGAAAGCUCUCAAGGGCCUUAAAAGCUCACAGGGUGACUGUCUCUACGCCAAAUAUGUCUUUACCGACUUGUCCCCUGGGUUCACGAUGGCGGCUCAGGAUAAGUUUGUUGGUCAUCAAAGUCUUGAAUUUAAGGUACUCGACAUCUCACGAGAUCCUGAAGAGCAGGGAUUUGAGCCCCACUCAUUUGAUCUAGUUUUCGCUUCAAAUGUUUUGCAUGCUACGCCACACCUGGAAACCACGUUGCGACAUGUUCACAAGCUCAUGUCUCCCAAUGGCAAAUUGAUGCUACAUGAACUCCAUCCAUAUACUCGGACAACAGAUUUCAUCAUGAUAAAGGGUGUUCUUCCUGGAUGGUGGAUAGGUGAGAACGAUGAUAGAGCAGACAGACCGUACGUUUCACCGGAAAGAUGGGACUAUGAGCUACGUGCGACUGGAUUUACAGGAAGUGAAUCAUAUGCUUAUGACCAUGAACCCCCUUUUCAACAUACUUUCACCAUGAUAUCUAGAAUACUCCCUCAGGAUCCUUGGGCCUGUCAAGUUGCUUCUAGCUUCCGUGAACGAAGCUAUUCCGUGGAAUGGGGCACUCUAGAAGGCAAGCCACCAGCUGAUCAAGAUAUUAUCUUCCUUAUGGACAUUCAAGAACCCUUCAUGUAUGAGAUGCACCAAGAGAAAUUUCUGCGUCUCCAAGCCUACAUGUCAGAAGUGAAACAACGAAUCAUUUGGGUGACUAAAUCCUGUCAGCUAAGCUGUGAAGAUCCACGAUAUGGGCUCGUUUUUGGCUUUGCUCGAACGCUUAGACAUGAGAUGGGCUUAGACAUUUCAAUAUUCGAGUCUGACAUAUUCGACACCACUGCAGCACGCUCGUUGUGCCAGGUUCACGACAUUAUAGAAGUGUCUCGAGAGAUAGGGAACCCGAAUCUCGAGUAUGAGUUCUCAUGUCAACGAGGAUCUGUUCAUAUUGGGCGCUGUUAUUGGGAUUCUUUGGCCGACAAUGAAGCUCCAUCCGUUGAGGUGACCGAAAAGAGCUUGGCAAGGCUAAGUCUCGAAACAUAUGCUCUUCUUGAUACUCUCCACUGGGUUGAGACUGCAGAAAAAGAGUUAAGAGAUGACCAAGUUGAGGUCGAAAUUAAAUAUAUAGGGCUCAAUUUUCGGGAUAUCAUGAUUUCCAUGGGACUUGUGGGGGAUAAAGACGAGCUUGGUUUUGAAGGCAGCGGUGUGGUCCGUCGAAUAGGAGCUGACGUUUUGGAUGGCCUUUCCAUUGGAGAUCAUGUAGCUUUGAUCAGCCCCGGGCUAUUCCAAUCAAGGGUUAUCGUAUCCCCACAGCAAUGCUUCAAAGCUCCCACUGGUAUUUCUCUCGAUGAGGUAGCAACCAUGCCGACAGUAUACGCAACUGCCAUGUACUCCUUGAUUGAACUAGGGUCAAUUAAAAAGGGACAGACUGUGUUAAUACACUCGGCCUGUGGUGGCGUGGGGCUGGCAUCCAUUCAGAUCUGUCAACAUAUUGGCGCAGAGAUUUUUGCCACGGUAGGCAACGAAGACAAAGUUCAAUAUCUGAUGGACCAGUUUGGCAUACGUCGGAAUCGCAUCUUUAAUUCUCGCAGUAGCGCAUUUUUGCCAGACAUUAUGCGUGAGACUAAAGGACGGGGGGUUGAUCUCGUUCUAAAUUCAUUGGCUGGAGAACUCUUACAUGCUUCAUGGGAAUGUGUUGCGGCUAGAGGGAAGAUGAUUGAAUUGGGAAAGCGGGAUUUCCUUACAAAUGGUACACUCAGUAUGGUUCCUUUUGCCGGUAAUCGAUCAUUUCAUGGGGUGGAUCUUUUAAAGUUGGGUGAGGAAUGCCCUCAGUUUGUCAUGGAUCUUGUUGCAAAGUCUGGAAGCUGGUAUGAGCAAGGACACGUUAAGCCCAUCCAACCGGUAAAGAAAUUCCAAGCCAAAGAGGUCCUCGAUGCUUUCAGAUAUAUGCAACAAGGCGUUCACAUGGGGAAGAUCUUGAUUGAGAUGCCACAAACCUUCGCGGACGUUUUGGUCUCUCGCUCUGAACUUGAUCUCUCCUUUUCAUCUCAAGCCUCUUACUUACUGGUCGGGGGCCUCGGAGGUUUAGGACGGGCAAUAUCUACCUGGAUGGUAGAGAAUGGUGCUCGUUAUCUGAUCUACCUAUCUCGUUCUGCUGGUCAUUCAAAGCAAGAUCGUGAUUUCAUGCAAGAGUUGGAAAUUCAAGGAUGUCACGUCACAUGUGUGAGAGGAGAUGUCACAAAGUUGCCGGACGUUAAGAGCGCCGUCGCGAAGUGUAUCAAGCCGCUGGCGGGUGUUCUCCAAAUGUCCAUGGCACUUAAUGAUCGCACUUUUGCCAAUAUGACCUACGAUGAAUGGACAUCCUCCCUUAGUUCUAAGGUCACUGGGACCUGGAACCUCCACCACGCCGUUGAGGGACAGAACCUUGAUUUCUUCGUUCUAUUCAGCUCGCUUUGUGGAAUAUUUGGAAACACCGGACAGGCCAACUAUUCUUCUGCAAACACAUUUCUUGAUAGUUUUGCCAAUUAUCGCCGACAACUGGGUCUCCCGUGUUCAGCUGUUGCACUAGGCCCAGUAGAAGAUAUUGGUCUUGUCAGUCGGGAUCCGAAAGUCUUGCAAACAAUCAGAGCAGGAUCAGCAUAUAUUAUGAGUGAGGGUGAAGUGAUGAAGGGGUUACAGGUUGCGAUCGCUCAGUGCAAGUCGAAGGAUCUCGUUUCGAGUCCGGUCCUCGUUGGAACGGGAAUUACAAAACAUUCAUCAGACGCGACCGUUCGCAUCCCAUGGGCAAGGGACAUCCGAUAUGCUCUUUAUUGCAACAUUGAGUCCAUCGGAGACACGCAUGCUCAAGUGACAAAUGACCAUCUUAAGGCUCUUCUUGCCAAGGUGGAACAAAACCCUGCUAUCUUGGAUGAGCCAGAAACAGAGAUAACUAUCCAGCGGGAGCUCGGGAGGCUAAUCACCCAACAUAUGAAUAAUAUGGAAGAUAUGGACGAUGUGAAAACUGCGCAAAUUGCCAUCGAUUCAUUGAUGUCCAUUGAAAUCCGAGGGUGGGCACGUCGCAACCUAGGAUUGGAGAUUAGUCUGGCCGAAAUAUCCAAGGCAGGUACUGUUGGAGCACUUGCUACAGUCACAAUAAAUCAUCUGCGUGCUAAGUAUGGUGAGAAUUGA